AUGGCCUUUAAAUGCUUACGAUGCAAACAACCUCUAAGGAUUGAUGAUUCACUAGCAAACUUAGACCCAGCUUCUGUGGACAUGCUGAUAGCUCCAUUGACGUCUGAGGAACAGUAUGAGAAAGACGCUCAAAAACGUCGUUUGUCGCAAAAUACCAAAUCGCCACCUACACCACUCAACACUCGACUUGUUGGCAUCAAGCCAUCACCUUUGUCGCCUAGUCUUUCUGGUUACAAUAACAGCAGUAAUCACAAACGAGAUAGCUAUCCAGCACCUUCCGAAUCUUAUGUCCUCUUGCCGCAUGUAGAAUCUAAUGCCAAUACCCCCUCCCUUAUUCCCAGCAACACGAACUCCACUCUCUCUACCAAGAGAAGUAGCCAUAAUACAUUCAAUUCAAGUGAUAUCGCUACGUUACAAGCUACCAAUCCCAUCAUGACAACCAGCAAUUCAGCUACAGGCGAGACACCUCCAAGUGGAUGGUCUGAGAGACUCAAAGUAGCCAACAGAUUGUUUGAAAUCAUGUCAUCCAAAUCAAGUGUAGACCAUCCCAUGUGCCAGGAAUGUGUGGAUUUAUUCAUCGAAUUACUCAGAGAACAGAUGAACGAUGUGUCUACUGAACGGGAUUGCUAUAUUGAAUUCCUCAAAAAGGUGCAAGAUAACCGGGUAACCAAAGAAGAGGAAAUUGAGCUUGUGAAACAAGUGCAGGAUUUGAAACUGGCUGAAAAAGAGGCAUCAGAAGAGCUGCUAAAAUUGCAGCAAGAGGAAGCAGCAUUAGACGAGGAACUGGAAGCAUUGAACAAGGAAAUGAGGGGUCUGGAUGUGCAAGAAGAAGAGUUUUGGGAGAAAUCCAAUGAGUAUCAGAUCAGUUUACAGCAGUUUCAAAACGAAAGAGAUUCCAUCAACUUGAAAUACGAUCAUGAUGUAAAGGAAUACGAGCGACUGCAAAAGACGGUGGUAUACAAUGAUGCCUUUUGUAUAUCGCAUGACGGCCCCUUUGGCACUAUCAAUGGAUUCAGGUUGGGUCGAUUAAGUUCGCAUCAAGUGGAAUGGAGUGAAAUCAACGCUGCUUGGGGUCAAACAUUGCUGUUAUUGUAUACAGUUGCCAGUAAACUCAAAUUCCAGUUCAAAAUGUAUCGAUUAGUGCCCAUGGGAUCCUUCUCAAGAAUCGAGAAAGUGGAUGGUGAUAGCGUCGUAUCUUAUGAAUUAUACGGUUCUGGAGAUUUUGGUAUCAACAAAAUGUUCUUUUUGAAUAGACGAUUUGAUCAUGCUAUGGUGGCUGUAUUAAACUGUUUGAAGCAGCUGACGGAUUACGCAGAAGAUAGAGACAAGAGCUUGAGACUCCCCUACAGAAUCAACAAAGAUAAAAUUGGAGACCUAUCCAUUCGUAUACAAUUCAAUCAAGAUGAACUAUGGACCAAGGCUUUGAAAUACAUGUUGACCAAUAUGAAAUGGAUUUUGGUAUUCGCAAGUAGAGCCAACACAUCAGCGGAUUCAGCAAAUAGCAGUGAUAGCACAUUGUUAGCGCAAUAG